AUGCACUACUCAUUCCUCACUGUCCUCCCUCUUGCUGCAGUGAGCCUCGCUAGUCCAUUUACUUAUCCCCUUCCUAAUGGUUUCCCAUUUCCCAGCAAUACCGCUCUGGAGGAGCUGUUCACGCGCGCAGGCGGCAAUUUCACGAAUGCCCCGCUGGCACCCAAGUUUGACGACGAUUCCCUGACCAGUUGGAAGUUACAAGCCUUCCAUGAAUUCAUCGAGGUGGCUUUCUUUACCCAGUUGCUCGCCAAUAUCACAGACCGGGUUCCCGGGUACCAGCUGGCGCCGCAGCAUGAAGAUUAUAUCCUCAAUUCAUUGAGGGCCAUUCAAGCACAAGAGGAAAUGCAUGCGUACAAUGCCAACGAUGCGGUGCGACACUUCACAAAUGGCUCGCAUAUCUUCCCCUGCGCCUACCUCUUCCCAGUGUCCGACUUUUCCUCCGCCAUCGCGCUGGCGCAGACCUUUACCGACAUGUACAUCGCCCUCCUGGCCAAUAUCCAGCAGCGCACCGCGCGGAGCUUGGGGUCCGCCUCGAGUUCCAUUAUAUACGUCCUGGCUCAGGCGCUCGGACAGGAAGGGCAGCAGUCUGGAUGGUUUCGCUCUCUGCGGGGCCUGCAUCCCAGCGCCGAGCCUUUUCUAACUUCCUCGACGCGCGAGUUUGACUUCAGCUGGCUGCAGCGCUUCAUUGUUCCUGGCAGCUGCCCCAACUUGGAAGCGAUCCCUCUGCGUAUCUUCCCACCCCUGGACGUCCGGACCCCGGUGCGAGGAACAGGCUCGGUGGUGUUCCGCGUCCCCGGUCCCGUUGACGACAGGACACAGCGUGUGGCAUUCAUCAAUGGCGCAUUGGUGCCAACUGUGGUGCCCUACCGCGUUAUUGGUCAUGUUGCAGAUGGUGAUUCAAUUGUGACAGAGAUUAGCGCCGACUUUCCCUUCGCACAUAACGUGAUGCAUGGCAUGACUUUGGCAUCCGUCGUCGAGAUCGGACAUAAUUUCGUUACCGCAGAAGAUGUGACGAAUGCAACGUUGUACGGACCGGCGGUCAUCCAGGUGGCCUAG